CACAAAUCACUGAAUCAUAUUUAUGUCGAAUGUUGAUAUAUUUGUGAAUCGGUUUUUCCCUCUAAAUUGAACAUCUGUUUAUGAGCAGUUUCAUUCUUUUCUGGAAACAAUUGAGGAGACAAGUUCCCAUCGAAUGAACCGCUACUUCACGCUGUAAAGUAAUCACGCGCCAGUUUCCAAACUCAUCGUCAGUAGCAACUAGAUCAGGUUAAGAUGAAUUGGCCGAUGGAAGGUGAUCCAAGAUACGGUGGUCUACAAAUACGCGAGGACGAUUGUUCCUAUGUGUGGCAAAUCGCUCCUGCUGAUAGAUGUGAAUGGGUCAAGGGAAGUCCCGAUUGUGCAUCAGAUUCUGUGAUUCCCUAUCCAAUACUACUCUUUUGCACAUUUUCUACGGUAUAUCCACCAUUAUUUGCCCUUGGAAUUGUUAUAUUCCUCCUGUGGCUGCUUUAUCUAUUUAUCAUACUUGGAACAGUCGCUGACAAUUUCUUUUGCCCAUCACUCUCGGUGAUAGCAAAUGUUCUACAUCUAUCGGAGAACAUAGCGGGUGUUACAAUUUUGGCAUUUGGAAAUGGAGCGCCGGAUAUAUUUACAUCAUUGGUUGCUGGUGAUAAAGAGAUGGUGAUCAUAUUCACUGAGUUAAUUGGCGCUGGAAUUUUCGUCACAGCUGUUAUUGCUGGUUCUGUGGCUAUCGUUGCUCCAUUUACAAUUUCACCGAAACCAUUCAUCAGGGAUUGUCUUUUUUACAUUUUUGCGGUUUGCUGGAUCUCGUUUAUCACGAAGGAUGAGACGGUGCAUCUUUGGGAAGGACUCAGUUUUAUCUUCAUUUAUAUACUAUUUAUUGCAACUGUAGUUGGUAUGCAGUACUACGACAACCGCGAAGAAAAACGAAAAGCAAGAAUUCCUGGCUUACGAGAUCCAGAGAUGUUGAAAACAUUUUUGGCCUAUCAGGAAACAGACACCGAAAUACAUCUACCAAUGAGGUCAACCGCAUUCAGCGUCAAGGCAAAAUUAGAUGUGGCUAUAGCGGCUGAAAUUACGAGGGCUCGAGCCAGAGGCGAAUCGAUUGGAAUCGAUAAUCGUACAAGUUCCACUGAUUCAUCCCAGUCACGUGGAUCGAUGGGCGUCCUCGAUGAAUUUUUCUACGACUUGAAUCCCGUGAAUCUUCACGAUUGGCACAAGUCCAGUAUUCCAGUUCGAGCUCUAUUGGCAUUACGUGCACCAGCGAUGUUUCUCCUUCAGCUGUUGGUACCUGUGGUUAAUGAGACAGCAAUUAAUCAUGGAUGGUCAAAGUUACUAAACUGUGUGCAACUCUGUCUAGCACCAAUUGCUGUGCUAGUUAAGUUAAAUGUCUGGAGAAGCAGUUUUGGACCUGUGCCAGUUGUGGUGAUUUUCUUCAUUCUCGGUACAAUUCUGGGAAUUAUUGUUUUUAUCAUAACUGGGAGAGAUACCCCCAAGUACCAUGAUGCAUUCGCGUUUCUGGGUUUUCUCAGCGCUAUGCUAGUGGUGUACGUAAUCGCCAAUGAAGUAAUGGCGGUUUUGCAGUGCAUCGGUUUUGCCAGUGGAAUAUCAGAUGCCAUGUUGGGAAUAACAUUACUUGCUUGGGGUAACAGCGUAGGCGAUCUCAUUGCGAAUGUGGCAGUGGCACGUCGUGGCUUUCCACGAAUGGGAUACUCCGCUUGCUUUGGUGGACCCCUAUUCAACACACUCCUUGGCCUCGGUCUGACCUGGACGAUUUCAACCCUCGGUAAAUCCGAUUAUCGUACGAAAAUCAGGACCAGUGAUAUGAUGCCUGGAUGCUUGGCCUUCCUUCUGUGUACUCUGAUCAGCUCUCUCAUUUACCUGAAUACAGUUGGCUUCAGAGCAAGGAAAUCCUACGGUUUUCUUCUCUUUUCGAUAUACGGUGUCUUCAUACUCGUUAAUUUCCUCAGUGAGAUACACUAUAUUCAUCCCCUUGGCACAGAUCAUCGGGAAGAUUAA